AUGACUGGACGUCAAUUUACGAAUGAGUUACUUGAAGGUAGUGAUCGGCAAUGUAUUGACUUGUUGCGAAUGUCCCGUGAAGAUUUCAUUCGAUUAUGUGAUCACUUUAAAGCAAAAGAUAAAUAUUACCUGUGUGAUGUUGCAUAUACAAAUACUCGAAGAUUUAUGGCGCCGUAUCGUAAUGUUAGAUACUGGCUCGGAGAUUUUCGUCGUCGACGAGCAAUGAACAAGUAUGAAAAGUUUAAUCAUUCUCAUGCAAAACUUAGAAAUGUUGUUGAACGUUCUUAUGGCGUCCUGAAAUCACGUUUUCCAAUAUUGAAAAGAAUUGCACCAUUUACACUUGAGGUUCAAAGAGACGUUAUUGCAUGUUUUGCGGUUCACAACUUCAUACGGAAGGAAGGUUUAAGUGAKRAGYUAUUUUCUGAGUAUGAUCAAACCAACAAACAAGGGAACGAUGACGAGGAUGAGGCUGAAGAGAUUCAAUCGCAUGGGAGUGCCGCUGACCAAACAUAUAUGGCUAGUUUAAGAGAAAAAAUUGCGACACAAUUAAUGCAAAAUGAAUAUUGA